GGGGGCGGGGGAUGUUCUUUAACUAAAACUUUAGGCUCACAAAGCCACUUCAGAGGACCCAGGACUAACAGAGGGAGCACAUCUUGUUGACUGUCUGACAGGACGAAGUUUUAUUUGGGAAUCUAACUCACAACGGCUUCAAUGAUGCAUUCACAUUCAGGCGUGAUCUUCAACGCAGUCUUCGCAUUCGCUCUGCUUCUCCUUCCGCCGAGCAAGGCGGACACCGACGCAUUCCAAGCCGCCUAUCCGAACAAAUCCGCACGCAAUGGAUCGGAGGGAUGUCUGCAAUCCCCCUUCGCCGCGCUGCUCUCCCGCGGCGCUGCUUCGGCAGCCUCAACCGACGAGGUUCUGGAGUCCAGCCAGGAGGCGCUGCUCGUAACGGAGCGCCGCUACCUGCGGCUGGACUGGUGCAAGACGCAGCCGCUGAAGCAGAUCAUCCAGGAGGAGGGCUGCCUGAGCCGCACCAUCAUCAACCGCUUCUGCUACGGCCAGUGCAACUCCUUCUACAUCCCGCGGCACACUUACCAGGACGGCAGCGUCUUCCAGUCCUGCUCCGCUUGCAAACCAAAAACCUUCAGCACCGUGACGUAUACCCUCUUCUGCCCGGGACAGACGCCCAACACGCGACGGAAGCGGGUCCAACGCGUAAAGACGUGUCGCUGCGUAAAUAUUAAAACGGAUUAAACCCUAGCGGAAAUGCACCGUUAUUCACGGAAAGGAAAUGAGCAAUAAAGAUGUGUUGGGGUGUCGGAGUGAGGAACUUUGAUGCAGCUUGUUUAUUGUAGGAAUGACACUUAACACUAAGAUAAGGCCUGCCUGGUCAUCUGCAGGUAAAAAAA